UUGGAUCCUCGCUGUUGCGACUAUUCGUUACCUCCAAAACUCCCAUAUAUACCGCGGAAUACUUCUCUCCAUUCCCCCAUCACCCCGCACUUUCACCACUCUAUAUCUACAUCAAGCGCUACCCGCAGUAACAUUCCCCAGCCAUGCCCACCGCAACAGCUCCCACCCCCGCUCUCCCGGCCAACCCGCCACAAGCAUGGACGAAACCGACCCUAUCCAACACGUACGGCGGCAAGACCUACGAAGCCACCCAUCCCCAGCUGUUUGCCGUCGAGUUUACAGCCGGAAAGGGUUUGGAGGAAGGGUAUGCCAGUCGGCUGGUCGCUGUCAGGGACUAUAGCCCGGGAGAGGUGAUUACACCGUUGACAAACAUCUCGUUGGCGCCCGAGAAGGCGUAUUCUUCCGUGCAGUUUGGCCCGGGCCCUAGAGACCACCUCGAGCUCAACUCUGAUCUCUUAUUCAUGAACCACUCGUGCUCGCCCACAGCCGAAGUCCACCUCCCACCCGACGACCAUUCCCAAUGGGCCGUCCACGCCGCCUCCCACGGCAACGGUAUCAAGAAGGGCGAUGCUCUCACAUUCUUCUACCCGAGCACAGAAUGGGACAUGGCUCAAGGAUUCGAGUGUGCUUGUGGUUUCGACGUGAGUGCUUCAUUCACCUCUUUGAGCGUGGCCGGGGGGUUGCGUGAUAUGGCGGAAUGAGUGGGAGGCUGAUGGGGAUUUACAGAACUGCUUGGGGCAAGUGUACGGCGCAAAGCACAUCCCGGUUGAAGAGCUGAAGAAGCGGAGUUUCAUCAAUGAGCAUAUUCUGGCACUCAAAGAGGGGCAGUAGGGGUCCGAGUAGGAUCAUCGGGUAGCGGGGGCUUGUACAUAGGGGACGAUCUUGGGGGUGGGAUCUGUACAUGGGGCAAUCAAAAAGAAGGCAGAAGCCAAAGUGAAGCAUGC